AUGUCACUCAGCAUGCACGGUUCAGGAAGAGAGUGCUGGGAAAACUCUCCACACAUGGAUCUCUGCGAUCCUUAUUCUCGCGAGCGUCUCGCUCGAGGUGAGCGACUACUUUUCUUUUUGCUUUCCCCCUCUCCUCCUGUUUACCUUAUUCUGAGACACCCUCCAUUAGGAUCUGUUGAGCGCGAGACUGAACGCACCUCCGAUAGGCGCGCACCUUCCGAGGUUGUUAGCUACCCGGAAACUCAAUCCAUCGUAUCUGAUGGAGAGUUUGGCCGUGUGGACCCCACUGGCUGGUACCCGCACUACAAAAAAUGCAUGCAAUAUUUCCUCGGCAGUCAAAAUACUCCCACGGUUCAAUCCGUAGCAGCCUUUAUCAAUAUUCGUCUACCAUUCCAGCGCCCUUCAGAGGCGACUCUAUCUACUCAGGAGUCUCCGUAUAUUUCCCUUCGACCUUAUGUUCGGCGCUUGAUUGUCACGGCGCAAGACUCCCCUGUUACGAUGCAAGCAUUCUUCGGUGAUGACUGGGAGGCGGGAGUGGGUUGCAUUUACAAGCAAGAGCGUAUCAACUACCUUUUCACGGCUAAGAGUAGUGGAUGGGCGGAAACCAAGACGGCUUACGAUAUGCUACCCGAUGAGCAAACUCCCUUCUUGCGUCCACUGCGGGACCCUUCUGAGGAGGAAAUUCGGGCAGCAGAGGCCCGGUGGAGUGAAUGGCUGGCCAUGGAAGAUUGGAUGGUGGGGGCCCGGAGCCCCUGGUGA